AUGGUGGGCCAAGCUUUGCUCGGUGCGACUCGGCGCUUCCUGUCGUUUGAUAUCAACAAAUUGGGGGACGACAAGGGGAGCAGCAGGAAUGCACGACUGAAGCUAAAAAGCUUGUCGUGGAGAGGUGGCUACCCGCCAAAACCCGGCAUGUCCCUAUUGGGGAUAUUACGACCGCCUGUAACAUGUGGCCCCCGCGCUCUCUUUCAGGGCUUCCUUCCCCCAAAAGCCUGCAACAGCGCAGCGGAUCCGUCGGGUAAAUGCGUAUCGCACGACCAGCCGCGUCGUCGCUUCCUUCCAAAGCCCUACGACAACAGCUGCUAUCCCGGCGAAGCGAACCAAGGCAUCAGGGACCACAAGUCUCUUUGCCAAAAUGUGGCAAUCGUGGAGGAGGCUCCUGACAUGGAAAUCCAGAUUGCAAGCAAGAAAAAAUUUCUUUUUGAAAAGCUUUCCAGUCUGCCUUCUACCCGAGUCGCGCCUUCCUUGCACUUUUCUCUCCCUGCGUCCGUCUUCCGUUGUCUUCUUUCUUGUUUCUUUCGCCGCUGCCGCGGAGCUUCGGGGAAACUCCAGCUGUGGACGGAAAAUGCCUCUCCGCAAAUUCACCGUGACCAUUCCGGGGAAGGCAGUCGUUCCUGGACGGUUGCCCUUGCCAUGUAUAAGACCGAUACGGUUCCGACGGAAAGCCUACCACAGUAUACCGGGAAGAUGGCUGUCCGACACGGUGAAGAGAAUGCGACAAGUUCUGGAUAUCUUCAAAAGUUCGGUGAGAUGAUCGCUGGCUCUCCCCAUGAUUCAGAAGCCGAGCAUCCGCUUCCCCAGAACCUGGAGUACGGCGGGGAUCCGGAGACCCCGUAG